AUGAGGCGCAGCAAGGCCGAGGUGGAGCGGUACAUCGCCUCGGUGCAGGGCUCCGCCCCGUCGCCCCGAGAGAAGUCAAUGAAAGGAUUCUAUUUUGCAAAGCUGUACUAUGAAGCUAAAGAAUAUGAUCUUGCUAAAAAAUACAUUUCUACCUAUAUUAAUGUGCAAGAGAGAGACCCUAAAGCCCACAGAUUUUUGGGUCUUCUUUAUGAAGUCGAAGAAAAUACAGACAAAGCUGUAGAAUGUUAUAAGCGUUCAGUGGAAUUAAACCCAACGCAAAAAGAUCUUGUGUUGAAGAUUGCAGAAUUGCUUUGUAAAAAUGAUGUGACUGAUGGAAGAGCAAAAUACUGGGUUGAAAGAGCAGCCAAACUUUUUCCAGGAAGUCCUGCCAUAUAUAAGUUAAAGGAGCAACUUUUAGAUUGUAAAGGUGAAGAUGGAUGGAAUAAACUGUUUGACUUGAUUCAGUCAGAACUUUAUGCAAGGCCUGAUGAUGUUCACGUAAAUAUCCGACUGGUAGAGCUUUAUCGUUCAAAUAAAAGAUUGAAGGAUGCUGUGGCCCACUGCCACGAGGCAGACAGGAACACUGCUUUACGGUCAAGUCUAGAGUGGAAUUCAUGUGUUGUACAGACACUUAAGGAAUAUCUGGAGUCUCUGCAGUGUUUGGAUUCUGAUAAAAGUACUUGGAGAGCAACCAAUAAAGACUUACUUCUAGCCUAUGCUAACCUUAUGCUGCUUACACUCUCCACCAGAGAUGUGCAGGAAAGUAGAGAGCUACUGGAAAGUUUUGAUAGUGCUCUUCAGUCUGUGAAAUCUUCUGUGGGUGGAAAUGAUGAGCUAUCAGCUACUUUCCUAGAAACGAAAGGACAUUUUUACAUGCAUGUUGGCUCUCUGCUUUUGAAGAUGGGUCAGCAGAGUGACAUCCAGUGGCGAGCUCUUUCUGAGCUGGCUGCAUUAUGCUAUCUCGUAGCAUUUCAGGUUCCCAGACCAAAGGUUAAAUUAAUAAAAGGAGAAGCUGGACAAAAUCUACUGGAAAUAAUGGCCCACGAUCGCCUUAGCCAGUCAGGGCACAUGUUGUUAAACUUAAGUCGUGGCAAGCAAGACUUUCUAAAGGAAGUUGUGGAAUCUUUUGCUAACAGAAGUGGCCAGGCUGCUCUCUGUGAUGCUCUGUUUUCUAGUCAUUCAUACAAAGAGAGAGCUUUUCUUGGUAAUGAUGAUAUUGGAAACCUUGAUGGACAAGCACCAGACCCUGAUGACUUGGCUAGAUACGAUACUGGUGCCGUUCGAGCACAUAAUGGUAGUCUCCAGCACCUUACCUGGCUUGGGUUGCAAUGGAAUUCCCUGCCUACUUUACCAGCAAUUCGAAAAUGGUUAAAACAGCUUUUUCACCAUUUGCCUCAGGAGACGUCAAGGCUUGAAACAAAUGCACCUGAAUCGAUAUGUAUUUUAGAUCUUGAAGUAUUCUUACUCGGAGUUAUAUAUACCAGUCACUUACAAUUAAAGGAGAAGUGUAAUUCUCACCACACUUCCUAUCAGCCAUUGUGUUUGCCACUUCCUGUGUGCAGACAACUUUGUACAGAAAGACAGAAGACCUGGUGGGAUGCAGUUUGUACUCUGAUUCACAGAAAGGCAUUACCUGGAACCUCUGCAAAAUUGCGACUUCUAGUUCAGCGUGAAAUAAACAGUCUGAGGGGCCAGGAAAAGCACGGCCUUCAACCUGCUCUGCUUGUGCAUUGGGCACAGAGUCUGCAGAAAACAGGCAGCAGUCUUAAUUCCUUUUAUGAUCAGCGGGAAUACAUAGGCAGAAGUGUUCAUUACUGGAGGAAAGUUUUACCAUUGUUGAAGAUGAUCAGAAAGAAGAAUAGUAUUCCUGAACCUAUUGAUCCCCUGUUUAAACAUUUCCAUAGUGUGGAUAUUCAGGCAUCUGAAAUUGGUGAAUAUGAAGAAGAUGCACACAUAACUUUUGCUAUAUUGGAUGCUGUUAAUGGAAAUAUAGAAGAUGCCAUGACUGCUUUUGAAUCUAUUAAAAAUGUAGUUUCUUAUUGGAAUCUUGCACUGAUUUUUCACAGGAAAGCAGAAGACAUUGAAAAUGAUGCCUUGUCUCCUGAAGAACAAGAAGAAUGCAAAAAUUAUCUGAGAAGGACUAGGGACUACCUGAUAAAGAUUUUAGAUGAUAGUGAUUCAAAUAUUUCUGUGGUUCAGAAAUUACCUGUUCCCCUUGAGUCUGUCAAAGAGAUGCUGAACUCAGUUAUGCAGGAACUUGAAGACUACAGUGAAGGAGGUACUCUUUAUAAAAAUGGUUGCUUGCGAAGUGCUGAUUCAGAGUUAAAGCAUUCAACACCAUCUCCUACCAAAUAUUCUCUCUCACCAAGUAAAAGUUACAAGUAUUCUCCAAAAACACCACCUCGAUGGGCAGAAGAUCAAAAUUCUUUACUGAAAAUGAUCUGCCAGCAAGUAGAGGCCAUUAAGAAAGAAAUGCAGGAAUUGAAGCUAAAUAGCAAUAACUCUGCCUCCCCUCAUCGCUGGCCUGCAGAACAUUAUGGACAAGAGCCAGCUCCCGAUGGGUAUCAGGGGUCACAGACUUUCCAUGGGGCUCCACUAACAGUUGCAACUACUGGCCCAUCAGUAUAUUAUAGUCAGUCACCUGCAUAUAAUUCCCAGUAUCUUCUCAGACCAGCAGCUAAUGUAACUCCCACAAAGGGUCCAGUUUAUGGCAUGAAUAGGCUUCCACCCCAACAGCAUAUUUAUGCAUAUUCACAACAGAUGCACACACCACCAGUGCAAAGUUCAUCUGCUUGUAUGUUCUCUCAGGAAAUGUAUGGCCCUCCCUUGCGUUUUGAGUCUCCUGCAACAGGAAUUCUAUCACCCAGGGGUGAUGAUUAUUUUAAUUACAAUGUUCAACAGACAAGCACAAAUCCACCUUUGCCAGAACCAGGGUAUUUCACAAAGCCUCCACUUGUAGCUCAUGCUUCAAGGUCAGCAGAAUCUAAGGUUAUAGAAUUUGGAAAAUCCAAUUUCGUUCAGCCCAUGCAGGGUGAAGUAAUAAGGCCACCUUUGACAACACCAGCACAUACAACACAGCCAACUCCCUUUAAAUUUAACUCAAAUUUCAAAUCAAAUGAUGGUGACUUCACAUUUUCAUCACCACAGGUAGUGACACAGCCUCCUUCAACAGCUUACAGUAAUAGUGAAAGUCUUUUAGGUCUCCUGACGUCAGAUAAACCUUUACAAGGAGAUGGCUAUAGUGGACUAAAACCAAUAUCUGGUCAAGCUAGUGGGUCUCGGAAUACAUUCAGUUUUGGAAGCAAAAACGCACUUACAGAAAACAUGGGCCCAAAUCAGCAGAAGAAUUACGGUUUCCGUCGAAGUGAUGAUAUGUUUACUUUUCACGGUCCAGGGAAGUCCAUAUUUACAGCACCGGCUUCAGAGCUGGCAACUAAAGGUCAUGAAACAGAUGGAGGAAGUGCUCAUGGGGAUGAGGAGGAUGAUGGGCCUCACUUUGAGCCUGUGGUACCUCUUCCUGACAAGAUAGAAGUAAAAACUGGUGAGGAAGAUGAAGAAGAAUUCUUUUGCAAUCGUGCAAAAUUGUUCCGUUUUGAUGGUGAAUCCAAAGAGUGGAAAGAACGUGGGAUAGGCAAUGUAAAAAUACUAAGGCAUAAAACAUCUGGUAAAAUUCGCCUUCUGAUGAGACGAGAGCAAGUAUUAAAGAUCUGUGCUAAUCAUUACAUAAGCCCAGAUAUGAAACUGACACCAAAUGCUGGCUCAGAUAGAUCUUUUGUAUGGCAUGCCCUUGAUUAUGCAGAUGAAUUGCCAAAACCAGAACAGCUUGCAAUUAGAUUCAAAACUCCCGAGGAAGCAGCACUAUUUAAGUGUAAAUUUGAAGAGGCCCAGAACAUUUUAAAAGCCUUAGGAACAAAUGCAUCUACAGCACCAAAUCAUACUCUCAGAAUUGUAAAAGAACCUGCAACUCAGGAUAACAAGGAUAUCUGCAAAUCUGAUGGUGGAAACUUGAAUUUUGAAUUCCAGAUUGUAAAGAAGGAAGGGCCUUAUUGGAAUUGUAACAGCUGCUCGUUUAAGAAUGCUGCAUCUGCUAAGAAAUGUAUAUCAUGCCAAAAUACCAACCCAACCAGUAACAAAGAGAUCCUAGGCCCUCCAUUAGUUGAAAAUGGCUUUGCUCCUAAAAUUGGCCUGGAAAAUGCACAAGAUCGAUUUGCAUUGACUCCAAAUAAAGAAGGUCAUUGGGAUUGCAGUGUUUGUUUAGUAAGAAAUGAACCCACUGUAUCUAGGUGCAUUGCAUGCCAGAAUACAAAGUCUGCUAACAAAAAUGGGUCUUCCUUUGUUCAAACUUCUUUCAAAUUUGGCCAAGGAGAUCUUCCUAAGUCUGUUGACAGUGACUUCAGAUCUGUUUUUUCUAAAAAAGAAGGUCAGUGGGAUUGCGGUAUAUGCCUAGUCCGAAAUGAAGGAAGUGCUACAAAAUGUGUUGCUUGUCAGAACCCAGGAAAACAGGCUCCGUCUUCCGCCUCAUCCCCUGCUGCUUUUAAGGCUGGCACUUCAGAUGCAAGUAAAACUUCCAAGAGUGGAUUUGACAACAUGUUUGCUAAGAAAGAAGGACAAUGGGAUUGUAGUUCAUGCUCAGUGAGAAAUGAAGCAAAUGCUAUAAAAUGUGUCGCUUGUCAGAAUCCUGUUAAACCAAGUUCAUCUACUGGUGUUCCAACACUUCCCUCUUUCAAGUUUGGUACUUCAGAGAUGAGUAAGCCUCCCAGGAGUGGAUUUGAGGGUAUGUUCACCAAGAAGGAAGGACAAUGGGAUUGUAGCUUGUGUUUUGUCCGAAAUGAAGCCAAUGCUACUCAAUGUAUUGCUUGUCAGAGUCCAAAUAAGCAGAAUCAGCCUUCAUCUGCUGUAUCAGCUCCUGCCUCUUCAGAGGCAAGCAAAUCUCCCAAGAGUGGAUUUGAAGGAUUGUUCCCCAAAAAGGAAGGAGAGUGGGAGUGUGCUGUUUGUUCUGUACAAAAUGAGAGCUCUUCCCUCAAAUGUGUGGCUUGUGAUGCCUCCAAGCCAACUCAUAAGCCUAUUGUAGAAGCUCCUUCAGCAUUCACAGUGGGUUCAAAGUCACAGUUAAAUGAAUCUGCAGGAAGUCAAGUGGGAACAGAAUUCAAAAGUAAUUUCCCAGAAAAGAAUUUUAAAGUUGGCAUUUCAGAGCAGAAAUUUAAAUUUGGGCAUGUGGAUCAAGAAAAAACACCUUCCUUUGCCUUUCAAGGUUCUUCUAAUACAGAAUUUAAGUCAAUCAAGGAUGGAUUUAGUUUUUGCAUUCCUGUAUCUGCUGAUGGGUUUAAAUUUGGGAUUCAGGAAAAGGGAAAUCAAGAGAAGAAGAGUGAAAAACAUCUUGAAAAUGAUCCUAGUGUCCAAGCUCAUGAUAUUAGUGGCGAGAAGAAUGGUAGUGGUGUGGUCUUUGGUCAGACAAGCAGCAACUUUACCUUUGCAGAUCUUGCAAAGUCAACUUCAAGAGAAGGAUUUCAAUUUGGCAAGAAAGAUCCUAAUUUCAAGGGAUUUUCAGGUGCAGGAGAAAAAUUAUUCUCAUCACAAACUGGCAAAGUGGCUGAGAAAGCAAAUACAUCUUCUGAUCUUGAGAGAGAUGAUGAUGCCUAUAAGACUGAGGACAAUGACGACAUCCAUUUUGAACCAGUGGUACAGAUGCCAGAAAAGGUGGAACUAGUAACAGGAGAAGAAGAUGAAAAAGUUUUGUAUUCACAAAGGGUGAAAUUAUUUAGAUUUGAUGCUGAGAUAAGUCAGUGGAAAGAAAGGGGUUUGGGAAACCUAAAAAUUCUCAAAAAUGAAGUCAAUGGUAAACUAAGAAUGCUGAUGCGAAGAGAACAAGUGCUAAAAGUUUGUGCCAAUCAUUGGAUAACCACUACAAUGAACCUGAAGCCUCUGUCUGGUUCAGAUAGAGCAUGGAUGUGGCUAGCUAGUGAUUUCUCAGAUGGUGAUGCUAAACUGGAACAACUAGCUGCAAAGUUUAAAACGCCAGAGCUAGCCGAAGAAUUCAAGCAGAAAUUUGAGGAGUGUCAACGACUUCUCUUAGACAUUCCACUUCAGACACCCCAUAAACUUGUAGAUACUGGCAGGGCUGCUAAAUUAAUACAGAGAGCUGAGGAAAUGAAGAGCGGACUGAAAGAUUUCAAAACAUUUUUGACAAAUGAUCAAGUAAAGGUCACUGAUGAAGAGAACACAAGUUCAGGUGCAGAUGCUUCCAGUGCUUCAGACACUACAGUCAAGCAAAAUCCUGAUAACACUGGGCCUGCCUUAGAAUGGGAUAACUAUGACUUACGGGAGGAUGCCUUGGAUGACAGUGUCAGCAGCAGCUCAGUUCAUGCUUCUCCAUUGGCAAGCAGCCCUGUGAGGAAAAACCUCUUCCGCUUUGGUGAGUCAACUACGGGAUUUAACUUCAGUUUUAAAUCUGCUCUGAGUCCAUCUAAGUCUCCUGCCAAAUUGAACCAGAGUGGAACUUCAGUUGGCACUGAUGAAGAAUCUGAUGUUACUCAAGAAGAAGAAAGAGAUGGACAGUACUUUGAACCUGUUGUUCCCUUACCUGAUCUAGUUGAAGUGUCCAGUGGUGAGGAAAACGAACAAGUUGUUUUUAGUCAUAGAGCAAAACUCUACAGAUAUGAUAAAGAUGUCGGUCAGUGGAAAGAAAGAGGCAUUGGAGAUAUAAAGAUCUUACAGAAUUACGAUAAUAAACAAGUCCGCAUAGUGAUGAGAAGGGAUCAGGUAUUAAAGCUCUGUGCCAAUCACAGAAUAACUCCAGAUAUGACUUUGCAAACUAUGAAAGGGACUGAAAGAGUGUGGGUGUGGACUGCAUGUGAUUUUGCUGAUGGAGAAAGAAAAAUAGAACAUUUGGCUGUUCGUUUUAAACUACAGGAUGUUGCAGACUCAUUUAAGAAAAUUUUUGAUGAAGCAAAAACAGCCCAAGAAAAAGAUUCGUUAAUAAUACCUCAUGUUUCUCAUCUGAGCACCCCUAGAGAGUCACCAUGUGGCAAAAUUGCUAUUGCUGUUUUAGAAGAAACCACUAGAGAAAGGACAGAUUUAACUCAGGGAGAUGAGGUAAUAGAUACAACUUCAGAAGCUGGAGAAACAUCUAGCACUUCUGAAACAACACCGAAAGCAGUAGUUUCUCCUCCUAAAUUUGUAUUUGGCUCAGAAUCUGUUAAAAGCAUUUUUGGUAGUGAAAAAUCAAAGCCAUUUGCAUUUGGCAACAGUUCAGCCACUGGUUCUUUGUUUGGAUUUAGUUUUAAUGCACCUUUGAAAAAUACCAAUAGUGAAAUUACUUCAAUAGUCCAGAGUGGCUCCGAAGGAAAGGUAGAACCUGACAAAUGUGAGCUGUCACAGAACUCUGACAUCAAGCAAUCUUCUGAUGGCAAAGUCAGAAAUCUCAUUGCCUUCGCGAAAGAGAACUCUUCAACUAAUCAUACAUUUAAAACACCAGAAAAGGAACAAGAGAAGAAUGAACCUGAAGAUCCUCCCUCAGAUACUGAUAUUCUCAUUGUGUAUGAACUCACUCCCACUCCUGAGCAGAAAGCCCUUGCAGACAAACUUCUGCUUCCUUCAACUUUCUUUUGUUAUAAGAAUAGGCCAGGUUAUGUUAGUGAAGAAGAGGAGGAUGAUGAAGAUUUUGAAAUGGCUGUCAAGAAACUUAAUGGAAAACUCUAUCUGGAUGACUCAGAAAAACCACUGGAAGAAAAUGUAGCAGAUAAUGACAAGGAAUGUGUUAUUGUUUGGGAAAAGACGCCAACAGUUGAAGAGAGAGCAAAAGCAGAUACUUUAAAGCUUCCACCUACGUUUUUCUGCGGAGUCUGCAGUGAUACUGAUGAGGACAAUGGAAAUGGGGAGGAUUUUCAGUCAGAGCUUCAGAAAGUCCGUGAAGCUCAGAAAUCCCAGAAUGAGAAAGUGACUGAUACAGUUGAUAUUGAGCAUAUAGGUGAAACUGAAGUAACAAACCCUGUUUGCUGUAAGUCUGAAGAACCUGAUACUGAUACCAAACAUACUAGCUCAUCCCCUGUUUCUGGGACUAUGGACAAGCCUGUAGAUUUGUCCACUAGAAAAGAAACUGACGUGGAAUUCCCAAGCCAAGGGGAAAGCAAGACUGUUUUGUUUGGAUUUGGAAGUGGUACAGGCUUGUCAUUUGCAGACUUGGCUUCAAGUAACUGUGGAGAUUUUGCUUUUGGUCCUAAAGAUAAAAAUUUCCAGUGGGCAAAUACUGGAGCAGCUGUGUUUGGAACACAGCCAACAAGUAAAGGUGGCGAGGAGGAAGACGGCAGUGAUGAAGACGUCGUUCAUAAUGAGGACAUCCACUUUGAACCUAUAGUCUCCUUACCAGAGGUAGAGGUGAAAUCUGGAGAGGAAGAUGAAGAAGUUUUGUUCAAAGAGAGAGCCAAACUUUAUAGAUGGGAUCGAGAUGUCAGUCAGUGGAAGGAGAGAGGUAUUGGAGAUAUAAAGAUUCUCUGGCAUACAAUGAAGAAUUAUUAUCGGAUCCUAAUGAGAAGAGACCAGGUUUUUAAAGUGUGUGCAAACCAUGUUAUUACCAAAGCCAUGGAAUUAAAACCUUUAAAUGUUUCAAACAAUGCUUUAGUUUGGACUGCCUCAGAUUAUGCUGAUGGAGAAGCAAAAGUAGAACAGCUUGCAGUGAGAUUUAAGACAAAGGAAAUGACUGAUAGUUUUAAGAAAAAAUUUGAAGAAUGUCAACAAAAUAUAAUGAAACUCCAGAAUGGACAAACAUCCCUUGCAGCAGAGUUAUCAAAGGAGACCAAUCCUGUGGUGUUCUUUGAUGUUUGUGCGGAUGGUGAACCUCUAGGACGGAUAAUCAUGGAAUUAUUUUCAAAUAUCGUUCCUCAAACUGCUGAGAACUUCAGAGCAUUAUGCACUGGAGAGAAGGGCUUUGGUUAUAAGAACUCCAUUUUUCACCGAAUAGUUCCAGAUUUUAUUUGCCAAGGGGGAGAUAUUACCAAAUACAAUGGAACAGGCGGACUGUCCAUUUAUGGAGAUAAAUUUGAGGAUGAAAACUUUGAUUUGAAGCACACUGGUCCUGGCCUACUAUCCAUGGCCAAUUGCGGCCGGGAUACCAACAGUUCUCAAUUUUUUAUAACACUGAAGAAAGCAGAACAUUUGGACUUUAAGCACGUAGUAUUUGGGUGUGUUAAGGAUGGCAUGGAUACUGUGAAAAAGAUUGAAUCAUUUGGUUCUCCUAAAGGGUCUGUUAGUAGAAGAAUUUGUAUCACAGAAUGUGGACAGCUAUAAAAUUUUUCACAGUGAGUUUUAUCUAUAUAAACAGUUGAAUUGAUUGUUACAGACAGUAUAGUAAUUAUGUUCACCUUUUGAAAACAGAUGUUUCCAAUGUAUAAAUGUAAAAUUGUAGCUUAUAGCUGUUGUCACUUUUUAGUGUGUAAUAAUUGAUCUUGCAUGGUGUCAAAUAAAAGUUUAAACACUGGUGUAUUUCAGGUGUACUUAUUUUUAUGUACUCCUGACAUAUCUGUAUUAGAAUGGCAAAUACUAAUUUUGUUAAAAGCAAUAGAAUUUCCCAGACUAUUGAAGGAAUAUGAUAUAUGCAAUCUUAUUUUAAUUCCUGUUAAGAUAUCUGGACUUCCUGCAUGGUACUUACUAUUGAAUAAGGGGACCACAAUGCAGAUAAUUUUAUUUUAAAUUUGAAAUACAUAUAUAUAGUAAUCUUAGCUAUUCCUGUGCUCAUUUAUGUAUACUUACUUAUGAAUGGAUAGAGCCACAGAAGAUAGGAGUUAACCAAAGUGCUCUUCUGUAAUUUUUAUGCUCCUGUAUAGUUAAAAAUUAACUUUUAAGUAGGAUAUUGUCUUUUCUUAAGAUAUAUCGUGCUCUUUCGAAGACAUUAAUUUUUACAUUUUAAAUAAGUUGAUCAUUUCCUUAGUUAGCUUUCUCUUCUUCCUCCUCCCCCAUCCUUCUCCUUUCUUUUCUUUCUUUCUUCCUUCUUUCCAUUCACUUUUCUGUUUCCUAUCUCUACUACCUCAGAAACUUCAGCUUGGUCCUGAUGAUAGAAUUGAAUUUUUCUCUAGUUCUUGUGAUAAAGUAUCAAUAUUUUUAAAAGAUCUAUACCAUGUUCUUUGGUUAAAGAUUUGCUUUAUAUUAGAUUGUUGCAGUACCUUUUUCUGGUGAAUUUUGUAGCAGAAAUAAAGUGACAAUUGAUAACAGCCAUGA